GACUGGCGCAACAGGACUCAUUAUGGAGAAGGCAAAGAUCUCGAGGACAGUACGUACAGGCAAUUGCAAACGAGAUGUAGCCUGGUAGCUCAUAAAGUGGAUGAAACGAAAAUCACGUGUGAUUCUCUAUCCCCAGCCACACCUCACCCUGGAUUCCGAUUUGGCAGUGAUACAGUUAUUGAUCAAACCAUCAAAAACCAUCAACAGCGGUAACUUUCCAAGAAGCAAUUACAACCCUUACAACCAAAUCAAGUUAUUGUCACAACCUUCCCAUUCAUCAAAAUGACAAUCCGGCCUCCAUUCGGCCAUCGCAUGCGUGACACCCAUUUCCAAUUCUCUCCCAGCUACACACCUCUAAACCACGGCUCCUUUGGCGCGUACCCACGUCCUAUCCAACAAGCUCAAGAUGCAUUUCAGAAGCAAUGUACUGAAAGACCGGAUACAUUCUACGUCUAUGAUCUCCCGGAACUUGUUGAUAAAUCACGAGAAGCCGUUGCGCCUCUUCUAGGUGCUGAUCCCAAGGAAGUGGUUCUGAUCCCGAAUGCAACGACAGGGGUAAACACUGUGCUGAGAAAUUUAAAAUGGGAAGAAGGAGAUAUGAUCGUUUAUUUCAGCACAAUAUAUGAUGCGUGUGAGAAGACAAUUGAAAGUGUAAGAGAGAUGUUAGGAGUAGAAGUAGCGACGUACUGUCAGGUAUUGGAGUUUCCGAUUAAUGAGGAGAGUCAAUUAGGAGAGUUCAAGGAAUUUGUAGAGUUGGUACAAACGAUGGGUACAAAAGUUAAGUUGGCUAUAUUUGAUACGGUCCUGACAUUCCCCGGUGUUCGCAUGCCUUGGGAGAAGCUAGUACGGAUAUGUAAAGAACUAGGUGUCUUGAGUUUAAUUGAUGGUGCUCACGGUAUCGGACACAUCGAUCUCACACACCUUGGUUCAGUCAGUCCCGACUUCUUCGUCAGUAAUUGUCACAAAUGGCUAUAUACCCCUCGCUCGUGUGCAGUUUUCUAUGUACCCCUUCGCAACCAAAAUCUCAUCCGCACUUCCCUUCCUACAUCUCACGGCUACCGCAAAAGCUCCGAGAAUGACACUCUGGAAGAUAUCAAUAACUAUUUCGUCUCAAUGUUUAACUUUGUCGCAACUAUUGACUACACACCAUAUCUAUGCAUUCCCGCAGCAAUAUCCUUCCGUAAUACCGUUUGCGGCGGCGAAGCAUCGAUUCGUCAAUAUUGUUUUGAUCUCGCUAAAAUCGGCGGUAAUCUGUGCGCUUCAACCCUGAAUACGCAUACUCUUCCCAUCUUGUACGGAAGAGAAACAAGUUUUACUAAUAUCAAGCUACCAAUACCCUUUUGGCAUGAUAGCAGCGACAAGCCUCAUGUAACAUCCGAGCCGACAGCAUUCAAACCCGCUGAUGCAGAAAAAAUCAAAGUAUGGCUCAACAAAACCGCAGUCAAAGAAUUUGAUACCUAUCUGCAAAUUGGAUGGCAUGCGAAUGUACUCUGGGUCAGGUUGAGCGCGCAGAUAUAUCUUGAAUUGAGAGAUUUCGAGUGGGUAGGGGAGAAGUUAAAGGGAUUAUGUGAGAGAGUUAAUGAGGGAGAAGUGGAAGGAACUAAGAGAUUAGAUUUAUCGGAGGUUCCGGAGGCUCAGGAGUUGGGCAUCUGUGGUGGCGCUUUGUAGUGAUUAGCUUGACGAUUGGGCUGUGAAUCAUUCGCCCGGGUGGAUGAAACGAUUGGUAGUUGAUUCUGCCGAUGGAGAAAUCAUGAACCGCAUUUUCUUUUCGCCAAAUGUGAGGGGUAUGGACGAUGAGAUAUCAUCGUGAGAAGAUUAAAUGUGGCGCUUCGCUUUUAUUUCAGCAAGUUUCAUGUGACAUAUGUCGUUAAUGAGAGGGAUUCAAGGACAGGAUUUUUCUAUAUAUUAAUAGAGAGACAACUCUACAUAGACCGUGAUUAACAAUUACAUUCCUACCUUUUUAGUUAAUUGAUCGAGAUAACA